AUGUUGCAGUUACUCUACACUGCGAUCUUCGCCGAAAUGCUUCUCAUCCUAACCCUCGUUUUCAAAACCCCGCUCAGAAAACUCGUGAUCGUUUCUCUCGAUCGAGUCAAACGAGGUCGUGGUCCAAUCGUUGUUACCACCGUUGGUGCUACAUUAGUUGUUGUGCUUUCUUCUAGUCUCUAUAGUAUGGCUAAGAUCCAGCAACGUACCAUUGAAGCUGGUGUUGUUAACCCUACUGAUCAAAUUCUUAUGUCUAAACACAUGCUCGAAGCUUCUUUAAUGGGUUUUGUGCUGUUCCUAUCUCUUAUGAUUGAUAGAUUGCAUCACUACAUAAGAGAGCUCCGGUUACUCAGGAAGACCAUGGAAGCAGUUAAGAAACAAACCCGAAGUUUUGAGGAUGGUAAAAACGGAAACACCGAGGAGCAAAAAGCAUUGACGGAAGAAGUUACCACAUUGAAGUCUAAAAUUAAGAAGCUGGAAUCUGAAUGUGAUGCGAAAGGAAAUAAGGAAAAGACUUUGGAAUCGGAAGUAGAGGCUCUUAAAAAACAAUCGGAGGGGUUCCUUAUGGAAUAUGAUCGUCUCUUGGAAGACAAUCAGAAUCUUCGGAGUCAGUUGGAAGCCUUCGACCCAAGGAGUACAUGA